GGGUGGUGUGACAAGAAAAAUGGCUUCCCUGUCAGUAAGCGAGCCGCAAGAGAUGGAAGUUGACAGGAAAGGUGAGUCGGAGGAGUCUGGCGAUGAGGAGACCAAAAGGAAGAGUCUAAACGGGGAAGUGGAUCCCCAGCAGUCCUCCCUUACCGGAAAAGAGGAGAUACCGGUGGACAUGGACACCAUAACUCUUGACCCGGAGGAAGAGGAUGUGGAUUUGGUUCACUGCAGGAUUGGGAAGAUUGAGGGCCUGGAGGUGCUGCAGAAAGCCAAGACACUGUCUCUGAGACAGAACCUCAUCAAGAAGAUUGAGAACCUCGAGAGCCUGUCUUCGCUGAGGGAGCUGGAUCUCUACGACAACCAGAUCCGCCGCCUGGAGAACCUACAGGCCCUGACCGAGCUGGAGGUGCUGGAUGUGUCCUUCAACAUCCUGCGAAAGGUGGAGGGUCUCGAGCGUCUUACAAAGCUGAAGAAGCUCUUCCUCCUACACAACAAGAUCACCUGCAUCGACAACCUGGCUCACCUGACCAGUCUGGAGAUGCUGGAGCUAGGUUCCAACCGCAUCCGGGUGAUAGAGAACCUGGACAGCCUUUCCUCUCUGGACAGUCUGUUCCUGGGGACCAAUAAAAUCACUCAGCUGCAGAACCUGGAGGGACUGCACAACUUAACUGUCCUCAGCAUCCAGAGUAACCGCAUCACAAAGAUGGAGGGUCUGCAGAGUCUGGUCAACCUGCGUGAGCUCUACCUGAGUCACAACGGCAUAGAGGUCAUCGAGGGCCUGGAGAAUAAUAAAAAGCUGACAACUCUGGACAUCGCAGCCAACCGGAUAAAGAAAAUUGAGAAUAUCAGCCACCUGACGGAGCUCCAGGAAUUCUGGAUGAAUGAUAAUCAAAUAGAUAACUGGGGGGACCUGGAUGAGCUGAAGAACGCCCGGGGCUUGGAGACAGUCUAUCUGGAGAGGAAUCCACUCCAGAAGGACCCGCAGUACAGACGCAAGAUCAUGCUGGCCCUGCCCAGCGUGCGACAAAUCGACGCUACCUUCAUCCGCUUCUGACCUAUGCCGUCACGCCAGUGAACUCCACACCUCCAUUUUAAACACGCGCACAUCUAAACCCUCGCCCCACCACACACCUGCAUGUCACACACCUGCACCUGCACCCGCAUACACAAAACCCUGUCAAAAU